CGUGUUCCGGUUCCUCCGCUCGGUGCUCGCGUCAGUGUAGCGACUCUAACUGCUUACUGAGAGGAGAACAACAAACCAGCAGUAAUAAAUCCACUGUUCUCCUUACAGAUCGCUGUACUGACCCCCUGGCCGGAUUUUACCCUCACCAGCCCAUCCUCUGUUACACUUAGUACCGCUGACUGCUCCACAUGCAGCGCAGUGCUGGGCCCCGACAUACCGGCUCCAGCCAUGUCGGCAAGCGGUGCAGAGGCCGCCGGUGACACCUCCACCGGGGGAGAGACAGGGGAUGCAUUGGAGGAGAGACAUCAGAGUCACUCUGCUUUGAGUCUGGUGACCCCCACCUCAACUGCCGGCAUGGAGCUCCCCAGAAAACGCAAGGGCAGCACUGAAAAGGAAACUAAAUCAUCAACCCUGUUGGAUGAAGACAUGGACGACGAGCAGGAGAGGUCAGAAGGAGAGGAUCCACAUGUGAAGAUCAAGUGUUUCAGGGAACCUCACAGCCAAAUUGAGAAGAGGCGACGAGACAAGAUGAAUAACUUGAUAGACGAGCUGUCUGCUAUGAUUCCAACAUGUAACCCUAUGUCCCGAAAGCUCGACAAGCUCACUGUGCUGCGCAUGGCUGUGCAACAUCUUAAAUCACUCAAAGGUGCAACCAGCUCCUUCACUGAAGCCAACUACAAGCCUUCAUUCCUUCCUGAUGAUGAACUGAAGCAUCUUGUUCUUAUGGCUGCAGAAGGAUUCCUGUUUGUGGUGGGCUGUGACCGAGGGAAAAUAGUAUUUGUUUCUGAGUCUGUAUCAAAGAUUCUGAACUACAGUCGGCCAGAGUUAAUUGGCCAGAGCUUGUUUGACUAUGUUCAUCCAAAAGACAUUGGGAAAGUAAAGGAGCAGCUCUCGUCAUCUGAACUUUACCCACGGGAACGCCUUAUAGACGCCAAAACGGGACUACAGGUGCAAGCUGAUCUGCCGGUGGGUGCCACUCGGCUCUGUUCUGGGGCUCGACGCUCUUUCUUUUGCAGAAUGAAGUGCAACAAAGUCACAGUAAAGGAAGAAAAGAACUUCCAGGCAAGCUCUUCUAAAAAGAAAGAGUCUCAGCGUUAUUGCACAGUUCAUUGUACCGGUUAUCUGCGUACCUGGCCCACCAGUCAGCUGGGAGCAGAGGGAGAGGUCGAGGCUGAUAAGGAGAGCUCACACUUUAGCUGUCUGGUGGCCGUGGGCCGCGUGCACCCUCACACAACCCCCCAGGUCAACGGAGAGGUCAAGGUCAAGCCCACAGAGUUUGUCACUCGAUGUGCCAUGGAUGGCAAGUUUACCUUUGUGGAUCAACGAGCCACCACUAUUCUUGGAUAUCUGCCCCAGGAACUACUUGGCACAUCCUGUUAUGAAUACUUUCAUCAAGAUGACCUGCCCCAUUUAGCUGACAGACACAGAAAAGUGUUAAGAAGUAAAGAAAAGAUUGAGACGAACUGCUACAAGUUUAAGACGAAAUAUGGAUCUUUCGUCACCUUACAAAGUCAGUGGUUUAGUUUUAUAAAUCCCUGGACCAAAGAAGUAGAGUACAUUGUGUCAACAAACACAGUCAUAUCUGAUAAAACUCAUUCAAGUGGAUCAGGGGAGAAGUCACAACAGCCUGUAGAUUCCAAGUCCUCAGAAGUCGAGGCCAAGAAAUCACUUCCCAUUAUCCCAGGCAUCUCCAAUGCUUCUGGCACCAUGAUUUAUGCUGGCAGUAUUGGAACACAAAUUGCUAAUGAGCUGCUGGAUUUUAAUAGAAUGAACUCUCCAUCCAGUGGCAAUGCCAGUCCCUUUAGUCUUCUGCAGGACAAGUCUCCAUUGGCCCUCACUCAGGCCAGCAGCAAUGUGCCAAACGGGGAGGCGACAGAUGCAGAGAUGCCCAGCAAUUCAAGCUCAGGGAGUGACACACGUAGUGGAGCCUUUGUCGGAAGUGAAUAUGCCAUGGAAGGACCUUCGCAGUUGGAUCUGGAGGGAGUUCCAGGUCUGGGAAGCUUGAACAACGAUGAGGCUGCCAUGGCUGUAAUAAUGAGCCUGUUAGAAACGGACGCAAACCUGGGAGAGGGCCUGAACUUGGAUGAGAUGCGUUGGUCUCUGUAACAUCACAUUUCCUAGUAUUUGAUUAUUUUGUAUAGUUGUGUUUUUUUUUUUAACAAACUCUCCGUUACCUGAUGCAAGAUCAUCCUCAUCAUUUGUCUUCUACACUCAAAAUCUGGUAUGACUUUUUUUUUUUUAGUGAAAGACGGAUUAAACAAGUCCUCCAGCGGUUCUUUAGUAAAGAUGAACGGGAUUCAGAGAAUAGUAAAAUACAAUCGACGUCUCUGUUGCAUUAUUUCUUUUAUUUUAUUUUCUGAAUAUCUUUCAUACUAAUGAAAAGCAGAAGGUGAGGAACGCUUAGGAAACAUGACCAGAUUUUUUUGGUCUGAUGUGUAUUUCUGUUUUUGAGGGACGGUUUGUGGCUCUCUUUCGCCAUCUUUUAAAAAAAGCAUUAAGUCAGCCAUUCAGCAAGUUUGUGAGUUCUUUAUAUGUGUGAGAACAGUUUUGAUACACUAAGAUGAUCUAUACUUGAUUUUUUUUUUAUGCAAAACAACACUGGACAUUUUACAUGAUUCAUACGUACUAAUAUUAUCAAGAAAACCCUGGUAGUUCUAAUUGUUUAAAAAUAUGUAUUGACUCAGUUGAAGUCAAACGUUUACAUACAACUGCAAGAAAUACGUUUUCUUUCUGUAUUGGUAUGUCAUCUUUUUAUGAACAUUGAACAGUUGUCUCUUGCUACAGUAAGGAAGAAAACCCAACUAUCCACACUCAAGAAAGGAGCUUCUGCUCCUAAAUUAGCAUCUCAAAGACUGAAAGAAGUUUUUUGAUGAUCACAUAAACAAAGAAAAAGGUUUUUUGAGAGUGUUUUCUAAUCAUUUAGUCAGAACAAAAUGCUACAGAAGUAACUCUCAAGACUACCAUGAAAUGCUUUUCCAUUACAAGUGUAUGUAAACUUUGAUUUCAGACACUGUAUGUGUUUGUGAUUAUCAUCAUGGACGACUGUUUUUGAUAUUUUGCUUAGUUUCAAGUAAGCUGAGUGGAUCCGAGUGGCUGAGUAAAACUACUUUACAAAAAAACAUUUAAGCUGCUUGAUAAGUCUCGGACAGCUUAAAAAAAUGGGGCCAUUACAAGCCAACAGAUAAGUUGAUACAAGUGUCUAAAACUGUCCUGAAGUAAUGGAAAGUAAUUAUUUCAAAAGAUGUUCUUAUUUGUUUUGAUGCUGGUGGUGUCCUGUGCUAACAUAUGAAAACAAAUAUAUAUGUUUAUUUCAAUACACACUUUUGUCCAAAAUGACCCAAUUACAGUGCAAGCGAUUGAGGGCUAAGGGCCUUUUUAGGAGCCCAACAGUGAGGUUCAUUAAUCCAGUACAUUUACCACCAGGCCACCACUUGUUUUGCUUGCCAUGUAUUUAGUUCAGGACUAGCAAAAUAAUAACUGCAUUUAGCCAAAACAAUUAGUUGUUGACUGCAACAGCUGUACCCUUGAAGAUUUUUUAAGAACCCCUAAGCUUUACUCAAUGGCCUACAUGGGAACAAAAUAGUAAAAACCUGUAACAAUAAUACUGAAAAUGAUAUACUGACUACGACCAUACUUCUUCUAGCAAGUCCUGUAUAGUUUGAGGUUGUAUAAUUGUUCAAUAAGCAAGUCUUCCAGUUCUUUAAAUGAUAUGUGGGUAUCCACUUCUCUAUCUUUUAAAAAAUAAUCAUCAUCAAUCAGUAAAUACUACAAUCAGUGCCAUGUAUUGGCAAAAUAUUGUGGGUUAAAGGCAUCCAAAUGUGUGAAAUAUUUCCAAAUUUAAGUGUUUCACCCUUGCUAACAGGUGUAUAAAUCUUCAAUGAUUUGGUUUUGGAUUAGGAUGUCCAACAAACAUGUGUCCACGUCCUUCUGGCAAGAUAAACUAAAUCUAGUUAUACUAUUUUUUAUUUAUUUUAUUUUUUUGAAGAUGCUAGAUCUAGGGUAUUGGAACCCUAAUGUGAUAACCAGGAAGGAAUUGGAUUGGUAGUGUUGGGCCUUAAACACAGAAUCAGCUACUCUGUCCAUCCAUGCGACAAGUGUGCCAUACAUGCAAGCAUUAAAAAAAUCGAUUGUUUUUCUUUCCAUAACACUCAGUGUACUGUAUGCAUCAACACCCUAGCGUAGUGUCAGAUUUUUCAGAGUGAAUUUGCACUAUCUGCUGGGUCAUUUUCUGCACUGGCUUGAAGCAAAGUACGAGUACUGUAUCUAGAUUAGAACCACAACACUUUCCUCAAAUGGCUUUAGUCCUGGUUUAGGUUAUGCUGCAUAGAAGAAUUUAGAUUUUUGUUGUUUGUUUGCUAGUUAAAUUCAUGCAUGUUGGCCUUUUGUGUACCGGCUCAUUUUGUUUGUAUUUUUUUGUACAGCAUCUUGUUAGUAUUGGAUAAUGGUGAUGUUUGCCUUAUGAGAUGGACUGAAACUUUGAUCCUAUUUUUCCCGUCCUAAAUGUGUUGGAGAGUGGUGAUUGAUUAGUUCACUGAUGACUGUUCCUCUGGUGACUUCCACACUUUUAAACGGUUUUUCACUUUCAUGGACUCUGAGGGCACUGCUGGUUGGAACUGGUCAGGCUACAGUCUUCUGUGCCUCUUUCGGAAAAGAAGGGGACUUUGUUAGGACCCUAUACACCUUUUUCAUCUUCCUACUCCCACAUGUGAAAGGCGUCUGAGUGUAUUACAACAUAACUGCUGCUGUUGACAAUACUGGUUAUGCCAGACAGGCUGUGUCCUACCAGGCUACUCUGUAAAAAGACUUAAAUAAACAUUAAUAUCAUUUA